UGACACUUUUUCUCCUAACAUAUAGAAGAGCAGAUAUCUGAUUAUGUUGUCUUGAGCAGGGAGUAAUUGUCAAAAAUUUCGAUUUAAUUUAAAAUUUUAAAAUGUUGUUGUCUCGGGGUAAACAACUGGUACAAUGUGUGGCACAAACAACACUGAAGAGAAAUCGACUUGUCAAUAAACCACAAGUGAGGAAAGCAAGUGACUGGGAUGGACCAUGGAUGUAUAGAGAACCUGGUAAACCUGCAAGAACUGCUUAUAUAACUGCUGAAGUUGGUGGAGGAUUUGCAAUUUGGUGGAUUCUUUGGCAUUGUUGGCACGAUUGGCACCAUUUAGUGGGAUACGAUCUUCCUAAACACGAAAAUUUCACAGAUUCUGAACUUGGAAUUCCACCAGAUGACGCAGUCUGUUAAUAAAUUUAAAAAAGAACUAUGUAGAUAUUUUAGGAAAAACAAAAUCUUUUUUUUUUUUUAAAUAGUGGUUCGUUUGAAAACACUUCAUCUAAAAUGUCUCAAAAUUUUCCUAAAAAUACUUAAUAAACAUAUUAAAUAUUUUCA